AAAAAAUGGCUGCGCCCUGUCAACGUGUUUGGGCAUGAGGCGUCUUUUUAUAUCACAUAUUUUGUGAGUGAUGACAAAAAGUCCCAAGUAUGGAUCGGUUCAGCAUGUACUCGGCAGUGCUGGUUGUUGUAGUUGCUGUCGGCUACUACAACUCACUGGAGUGUGGGUUUGUUUUUGAUGACAUGUCGGCCGUUGUUGACAACAAGGACCUGAGACCCAGCCAGCCUUUUUCAAAUCUGUUUUGGAAUGAUUUCUGGGGAACACCUAUGGAAAAGGAGAGAAGUCACAAGUCUUACCGUCCCCUGUGUGUGCUGACAUUCCGCCUGAACUAUGCUGUCAGUGAGCUGGAGCCCAUUUCCUAUCACCUGAUCAACGUGUUGCUCCACGCUGUUGUGUGUGUCAUGUUCAUGAAAAUGUGUUGCCUGUUUAUGUCAGGGAUGACCAGUUUCCUGGCAGCGUUGUUGUUCUCAGUGCACCCUAUACACACUGAAGCAGUCACAGGUGUUGUGGGCCGAGCUGAAAUGUUGUCUUCCAUUUUUUUCCUCGCAGCAUUCAUGACGUAUUCAAAAUCAACUGGAUUUAGAGCAAAAAUUGACUGGAUUAGCCUGGUUGUAACUGUUGUCCUGGUAACUGUUGCUAUGCUGUGUAAAGAGCAGGGUAUCACUGUGAUAGGGGUGUGCUGUGUGUACGAAGUGUUUGUUGCUCAACGGGCAACAUUUCGAGAGUUACUGGACUUUAUAAAAGGUAUUUUCCUUGGCAAGCCUCAUACACUGCCAUGGUUAAAAACUUCUGUCAUUCGAGCUGGCUUUCUCGUUGGCAGCACACUGUUUCUGCUGUUUGCCAGAAUUAAAGUUAUGGGUGCCCAGCUUCCUCACUUUACAACUUUUGAUAACCCAGCUGCAGGUUCAUCUUUUCCUGCAAGACAUUUGACAUAUAACUAUUUGCUGUCAAUCAAUGCUUGGCUCCUCCUCAAUCCUUCAGAUCUGUGCUGUGAUUGGACAAUGGGAACCAUACCAGUGAUUAAAUCCAUCCUAGAUUAUAGGAAUUUGUUCACAGUUAUAUUUUAUGCAGUAUUCUUCAAACUGGUUGUAUUUGCUUUGAGUGGACAGACCACCAGAACAAGAGCAUCAAUAAUAUCUUUGUCAUUUGUAGUGCUGCCAUUUAUCCCAGCGUCCAACUUGUUUUUCCCAGUGGGCUUUGUGGUUGCCGAGAGAAUCCUGUAUACACCUAGUAUGGGAUUCUGCAUGUUUGUAGCGCUAGGCUACGAACUUCUACUAGAAAAUAAAAAGAACAUGAAAGUGGUGUUACAUGUGCUGAUGGCACUGCUGUUGUUGAGUCAUGGAACAAAAACUAUUGUGAGAAACAUCGACUGGAAGUCUGAAUAUUCAUUGUUCCGGGCAGCUUUAAAAGUGAACCAGCGAAAUGCCAAACUGUUCAACAACGUGGGCCAUGCCCUGGAGAAAGAAAACCGAUACCAGGAUGCACUGGAAUACUUUAAGAAGGCUGUUAGUGUCCAGCCUGAUGACAUUGGGGCCCACCAGAAUGUUGGUAGAACGUACAAGACACUGAACAUGACUGCCGAAGCUGUGAAAGCUUACCAGAGUGCUCUUGAUUUAUUCCCACCCAUCAUACCAGGAAAGAGUUACACGACUCGCAUUGCUCCAAGUCAUCUGAAUGUGUAUCUCAACCUGGCCAGUCUGAUAGGCAAGGACCCAAAUAGGCUGGAAGAAGCAGACGAUCUUCUGAAGACGGCCAUUAGCAUGAGAUCUGACUACAUACAAGGAUAUAUCAACAGAGGAGACAUUCUUGUAAAACUUGGCAGAAUGGAAGAAGCCAAGCAGGUUUACAGACAGGGACUGCAGAUUGAGCCUGACAAUGCAGACAUCCAUUAUAAUCUUGGUGUUGUUUGUUUGGAGAUGAAAAACCCGGCCGAGGCCAGGAUUCAUUUAGAAGAAGCACUCAAGUAUGAUCCUGAUCAUUUUCAAUCGUUGUUUAACUCAGCAAUCUUACUUCAAGAGACUGGGGAUCCCAAACACAGACCAGAAGCCUUGACAAGAUUAAGACGAUGUCUAAAGAAGGAAAAAAGUAACCCACAAGUUUACUUUAAUAUUGCAAUGCUUAGUAUGGAUGACAACAAUUUCGUAGAAGCAGAGGAAAACUUUAAGAAAUCGAUAGAGCUGAACCCAACUUUUCGCAGCGCUCUGUUCAACUUGGCCCUGAUGUUGGUGAAUGACGCGAAGAGACCUGCUGAUGCCAUCCCCUACCUGAACAGUCUUCUCACGCACCAUCCCGACCACAUUAAAGGCAUGAUUCUGAUGGGGGAUAUCAAUGUAAACCACCUCAAGGAUUUAGAUGCAGCUGAAAAGAAUUUCCGGACUAUAAUUGAGUUGGAUCCAAAGAACGUGCAGGCCAAUCACAACCUGUGUGUUGUGUUUGUGGAGAAGGGUGACCUUUUGAGGGCGGAAAAGUGUCUAGUCGAAGUGAUACAACUGGCACCCAACGAAGAUUAUAUAAAACAACACCUCAACAUAGUGCGGUCAAAAAUACAUCAAAUCAAACAGCAGAUACAAGCAAAGAGUAAACAGAAAAAUGGUGGUAAUGUGAAACAGUCGUCAGAUGACCAGAAAAAGCCCAGAACAUGAUGGUUCCAGUUAUAUACUGGGAAUGCAUCAAUUCUUCUGGAUCAGGGUUUAAGCUGGAUCAGGGUUUAAGCUGUCUCUCAUCAAACCACCAAUGUGAAUUAAUGUUGGAAUUUGGAAAAUAUAUUUCAUCACUAAUUCACCAAAAAGCUUAUUCGAAAAUCGUUUAUCGUUUAUAGAUGUACUGUCAAUUUUGCUGUUUGGCUAAAUGAACUUGAAUUUGGCGAUUUUUUUUAUAGCAAAUUUGCCAAAUUGCUAAUAUGUUAUUAUCCAUCUGAUUCGACAUAAUUGAGUUAAUAAUAAUCAUAUGAAGCACACGUGUAAUAACAAGUGUAAUGAUGUAAUUUUGAGAAGCGACAUCAUAACAUGACGUCGCUUCUCCAGUCCUAGCUCAGACUGCAUUUGAA